GUCAUUACUCUUCAAGUUUUGAAAAAUUCAUUUCACCUUACUUUCGAUCGCCGGUAGUUUCCGUUUUCGUUAUUGAUCGACUAGAGUAGUUAUUCUUACCACUGCCAUCUUAUUAGACACUCAAUACACAUUACUCAUCUUUACUCAUAAAAGCGCCUAAACCUCUUUAUCGAAAUGGCGACCGAAACCUUAGUCCCACUGGAAUCUAAUCCUGAAGUAAUGAAUAAAUUUCUUCAGAAGUUGGGUGUUCCUAGUAAGUGGAACAUUGUCGAUGUGAUGGGUUUAGAACCCGAAAUGCUAUCCUGGGUUCCACGCCCUGUUCUGUCGGUCAUGUUGCUGUUCCCUGUGUCAGAUGCUUAUGAAGAACAUAAACAGAAGGAAGAAAAUGAAAUCCUCUCCAAGGGUCAAGAAGUGACUAACAACAUAUUUUACAUGAAGCAAAAUAUCAGCAAUGCUUGUGGCACUGUUGCCCUGGUGCACAGUGUUGCCAACAAUACUGAUAAAAUUAACUUGACCGAUGGUCACCUUAAGAAGUUCUUAGAUGAAGCUAAGCCUCUGGAUGCUGCUGCUCGUGGCACUUUGCUUGAGAAGUCGGAGGGUAUUAUAAAUGCUCACAAAGAGCUGGCUCAGGAAGGCCAAACUAAUACUCCUAGUGCUGAGGAUCCUGUGAAUCAUCAUUUCAUUACUUUCGUCCACUUGGAUGGAGCUCUGUACGAAUUGGAUGGACGUAAAGCAUUCCCCAUUAACCACGGGCCAACUACUCCUGAUACUCUGUUGGAAGAUGCAGCAACAGUUUGCAAGCAAUUUAUUGCCCGUGAUCCAAAUGAAGUUCGCUUCACUGUAGUUGCUUUGACUGAGGCUAAUUGAUUUUUUUAAUAUUUUGUAUGAUGCCAAGCAGUCAUUAUUAAAUGUGUGCUUCGAAUAGUA